AUGACACUCCGAAUAGCACCAGUAGUGACGCCACGCAUGACGUGGAAAACCGAAACGGUUUCGCGGAUGCUUCCAUCGUUGUGGAAUCUGUCAGUGCGUCUCGCCCCCGCCACCGAUGGCGAGUCGCUUGAGGUGUCCAUCUUGGCCGGCAAUGUGUGUGCAAAGGCCGGCUACUUCGCCAUGUGCAUGGGCCUCUCGUCGUCUCCGUACUACGGCCUUCUUCUGGAGAGCAAGGGCUUCACGCUGUUCAGUGUCGGGGCAAUCCUCGCCGUCAUGCCACUUUACACUGUUCUGCUGCUUCCGCCCUUGUCAAACCUCGCGGUUCGCUACCACUGCGCCAUGACGAUACACCUCUGUAGUGCGGUCGGAUCCGCGAUUCACUUCACAGUUAUCACACUCUCCAACUCCAAACCUAUCAUUACAUUCAUGAUGGUAUUGCACUAUGUCUACCGCAUACUGAUGGAUCCAUUCAUGGGCCAGCGCGCCAUGUCCAUCCAGCCGCCCGACCGCAAGGCGCAGUGGGACACAAUGCGCUCGUACGGGUGGGCAGUGGGGGUGUUGAUCCCUUCGGCGCUCAUUGGGUGA